AAGUGUUGUAUGCAGUCGGGGAAAUCCCCAUAAACAGUUUAACUUCUCUUUCGGAAGUAUAUAAGCUGCUACCCUCCUGUUCUAAAUCGUCAUCUUCGUUGCGGUAAAAUAUGUUUUUUCAACUCGUCUGCAUAUUAGGUAUGUUGUCAUUUAUUUUUAAGAAUGAAUUUGAUAUCAGUCUAACUGGGCACGCUCACCAGAAAUAAUGAUUUACCUUGUGUUUGUCUAUAGCGGCCUCCUUGCCAGGGGGGCUCACACAGGAUAGGUCUACCGAAGAGGUGAAGUCAGUUUGUGGAGAGGACUCAAUUCUGAAAUGUAAAGCAAUAUGUAAGCCUGGGGUCCAGUACCGGGCAGUGAAGUGGUACAAGGUAAGCUUUCUAUUAUUCUGAUAACACAAACUGUGUGUUUUGUACCGUCUGACCAAAUUUUGUACAAGUGCUAUCUAUAUAUGCAAAAAAAUAUACAGCACCGGUCCCAGACCAGCUGUUUGGGGCAUAGAGUAACCUCACACCCUCUUCUCCCAGCUCGGUGAGGAGCCCUCUAAUAAGGAGUCUGGUCUAUUGAUGAAGAGGCUAUCACCUAACAGCACCACGCAAUGGUACGCUGGUCUGGAGCGUGAAGUGGAACUUUUGGCUGAUGAUUCUUUUGAUAUCGUCCUGCCCAAUGUAACGGCUGUUGAUAGUGGGAGGUAUAAGUGUCUCCUGGCAGCACCUGUAGGAGAGCAGAACCAGGAGGGGCAGAUUGUCCUCAGAGUGACAGGUGUGUGUUCUACUCUCAUUGUGUGCUUGUUUUGGUAUGUAGACCUACUGUAUACUGUAUGUGAGUGUUUUAAAUUGGACCCAGAGUUCAUCUAUGAUGCUAAAUUCUUAAAAAAUGUUUCCAGUGACGCUCAAGGAUUUGUGGAUAAUUUUUUUGCAGGUUGCCUUGAGUCCACAGACCAAUCAGAAGAAAGGGAUACCAUCCUAGUUCUUUCCAUUGUGGGGCUUGUGGCAGCAUUGCUGAUAUUCACCAUCAGCUAUGUGAGUUACAACACUGCCCGCUGUUCCUCUGAUUGAAUUUUUUUUAAACAAACAUUUUAUGGUGAUGGUUUCCAUGUAUUCCAUUUUCUUUUAAAUGUUUUCAUGUUAUUUACUCAAUAAUGCUCAUCUUUACCAUAGGUCAUCCUAAGGAAUAUGUUAUUGCAAAGGAGCAAGAAGUAUCCACAAGAACCACUUCUAGAUGCACCCCUUGAGAAGAAAGAUUUAAUGUUGAUCUACACUCUGGGGCCAAACUGGUCAGGACAGGCUUCCAUAAAACAUGUCUGUGUGUGAGAGCCUGUUCUGCUAGUUUGGGCUCAUUGUAUACUUGAAUGUGAAGAGGAAACGCAGAGAAAGACUAGGGCACUUUUAAAGCUGAGCAAGGAGCCUAAGAGUCAUGUCUACUUUCCAGGAGAAGAGUUCACCUCUAGAGCAGAUGGAGGCAGACAACCCUCUGGCCGGUCCUGUAGAACUAAGAUGUGUAGGCUUUUCAAAGAAAUGAAACAGAAACAGUAGCCUACACCCUUUCACUCAGACAGCCAAACAGCAGUACAGCCAGGCUAGGGCAGCAGUUCUCCAGCAACGACUGCCUGUCUGCAGCAUUCACACACCUGAGAUGCUCAAGGAGCAGGGCCUGGUGAAGGGACCCCACGAUCUAAGCCCCAAGAUC